AUGGCUACCUCUGCAGACCCCGGCCUCGGCCCCCUUCUGCGGUCACCGCUCCUGGUGAUGUUGCUGUCCCCCGAGGAAGGGCGGAAGUCCCGCCGAAGGCACUCCCGCCGCUGCUCCAAGACCCUCGGCAAGGCCAGCCCCGAGGCCCGCUCCAGCCACCCGCCCAGCCAGCCCCUCCAGAUGCUCAGCCUCCUGUCGGCCAGGGGUGUAAUCACUGGGUCGGGGUCUGCAGCUGACCUCUUUACCAAAACAGCCAGCCCGCUCAACACCUCCAGAGGACGCUCCCAGGAGUAUGACUCAGGCAAUGACACCUCCUCGCCACCCUCCACGCAAAUCAGCUCAGCCAGGUCACGGGGUCAAGAGAAGGGGAGCCCCGGUGGGGGCCUAAACAAGAGCCGGGAACUCAACUGUGGAAACACCUCUGAUUCAGGGAACUCCUUCACCACCUCCUCACCCCAGAACAAGGGGGCCACUUUGGAGAAUCUCUCCCCCACCAGCAGGGGCAGAGAGUCAAGAGGAUUUCAGUCGCCAUGUCUGGAAUGCGCGGAGGUGAAGAAAUCCGGUUUGGUCCCAGCCACAGCCCGGAGCUCCCCCAUGAGAGGAUGCUCCCGCAGCCCUUCCUAUGCCAGCACCCGCUCUUCCAGUCACUCCUCCCGAUCCCCAAACCCCAGGGCCUCCCCCAGGUACACCCGAAGCCGAUCCACCUCCUCCGGGAAAAGGUCCUACUCUCGCUCUUCCAGCUAUUCCUCCAAGUCUGGCAAGAGGAGCCCCCCCAGCAGAAACUCUCGAUCGCGCCGCAGCCCCAGCUAUUCGCGGUACAGCCCGAGCAGUACACACCCACAGCCCCUGGGGCCUCGGGAGGAAGCCACCACCUGCCCCAGUGGGGUGAAGGGCACAGGUGAGAGGCAGUGA